AUGACUGCCACCAUUGGGCAAGUGCACUACGCAGUGGGCACUCGCAUCACUUCAAGCACGCACGUCGCUGCCAUCUUCGUCUUCGCUCUGUAUCAGCAAACUGUCACCAUCUCAUCUCUUCGCAGUGACCGCAACACCGGAUGGGACGAUGCUGGUACAGAUGUUCGCUCUGCCAUUACCACCACCAUCAGCAGCAGCAGCAUCAGAUGCACGAUGGUGGUGAUGAACCGCGCUCGUGUUGAGGUGGAGCUGCAGUGGGUCAUGCACUUCCAAUGA